GGUGACAACCCAGCCAGUCCCUUCCCCCUGCCUGGACCCGCCGCAGGAUCCAGGAUCCAGGUUAGUUGGGGUUCUGCUGCCUUGGCUCUUCGGUCCCGGCUGUCACCUCUCGACACGCUCCCGCGCACCGGGACAGGAGCGCUCUGCGUUUCUGGAAGCCGCAGCUCACCCCGCACCUCUCCGCGGCUCGAGUCUCUCUCCUGCGUUUUCCUGGUGUUGCCGCUUCCCGGACAGCCCCGUCGGGAGUGCAGCCCCCGCGAUCGUGCUGCUGCCCCGGACGGUGUGUCCCUGCCGCUGUCCCCACCUCAGCUGUCACGGGCUUGUCCCCAUGCCCCCUCGGGCUGAGCAGUGGCCAGCGGGGCAGAGAGGCCAGUGUGCCCCGGGGUGCUGAGGCUGGGAGGUCACUGGACCCCCUGCUCCCGGGACCCUCCUGCUCCCUGGCCAGAGGAACCCCGAUUCUCUGAUGGAUCUGAGACCCUGCUCGCUGCUCCUGCUCCAGACACUGGUGGUUGCCCUUGCUCUCCUAGCCCAGGAGGUGCUGGCCCAGCGGGUUUACACCAACACCUGGGCCGUGCUCGUCCCUGCGGGGCCCCAGGAGGCUGACAGGCUGGCCAGGAAGCAUGGAUUCCUCAACCUGGGCCCGAUCUUUGGUGACUAUUACCACUUUCGGCACAGCGGUGUGGUGAAGCGUUCCCUCUCUCCCCACCGGUCCUGGCACAGACGUUUGGCCUGGGAACCACAGGUGCAGUGGCUGGAGCAGCAGGUGGCAAAACGCAGGACCAAGAGAGACGUUUUCAUGGAGCCCACAGACCCCAAGUUCCCUCAGCAGUGGUACCUGUACAAUACCAACCAGCGGGACCUGAACGUGCGCCAGGCCUGGGCGCAGGGCUACACGGGCAAGGGCAUCGUGGUCUCCAUCCUGGAUGAUGGAAUUGAGAAGAACCACCCUGACCUGGAGGCCAAUUAUGAUCCAGGGGCCAGCUUUGACGUCAAUGACCAGGACCCAGACCCACAGCCCCGCUACACGCAGAUGAAUGACAACAGACACGGCACACGCUGCGCUGGGGAAGUUGCUGCGGUGGCAAACAACGGUAUCUGUGGUGUUGGCGUGGCUUACAACGCCAGGAUUGGAGGUGUGCGCAUGCUGGAUGGGGAGGUGACUGAUGCUGUGGAGGCCCAUUCACUAGGUCUCAAUCCCAACCACAUCCACAUCUACAGUGCCAGCUGGGGCCCUGAGGAUGAUGGCAAGACAGUGGAUGGCCCUGCCCGGCUGGCAGAGGAGGCUUUCUUCCGUGGGGUCAACCAGGGCCGAGGGGGAUUGGGCUCCAUCUUCGUCUGGGCAUCUGGGAACGGGGGCCGCGAGCACGACAGCUGCAAUUGUGACGGUUACACCAACAGCAUCUACACCCUGUCCAUCAGCAGCACCACGCAGUACGGCAACGUGCCCUGGUACAGCGAGGCCUGCUCCUCCACCCUGGCCACCACCUACAGCAGUGGCAACCAGGACGAGAAGCAGAUUGUGACCACUGACCUUAGGCAGAAAUGCACCGAAUCACACACGGGGACGUCAGCCUCGGCGCCGCUGGCUGCCGGCAUCAUCGCCCUUGCCCUGGAAGCCAACAAGAACCUGACCUGGCGGGACAUGCAGCACCUGGUGGUGCAGACCUCGAAGCCCUCUCACCUCAAUGCCAACGACUGGGUUACCAAUGGCGUUGGCCGCAAAGUCAGCCACUCCUACGGCUAUGGCCUGCUGGAUGCCGGUGCCAUGGUGAACCUGGCCAAGAACUGGACCACAGUGGGACCUCAGCGGAAGUGUGUCAUUGAUGUCCUCACGGAGCCAAAGGACAUUGGGAAGCGCCUGGAGGUGCGGCGGAAGGUGGAUGCCUGCCUGGGGAAAGCCAACUACAUCAGCCGUCUGGAGCACGCACAGGCACGGCUGACGCUGUCCUACAACCGACGUGGGGACUUGGCCAUCCACCUCGUCAGUCCCAUGGGCACCCGCUCCACCCUGCUUGCUGCCAGGCCCCAUGACUUCUCAGCUGAUGGCUUUAAUGACUGGGCCUUCAUGACAACACACUCGUGGGACGAGGACCCCUCCGGGGAGUGGGUGCUGGAGAUUGAGAACACCAGCGAUGCCAACAACUAUGGCACACUGACCAAGUUCACGCUCGUGCUGUAUGGGACGGCCACCGACUCCCCCAGCCUCUCCAACCAGCUGGAGAGCAGUGGCUGCAAGACCCUGACCCCCAGCCAGACCUGCGUGGUCUGUGAGGAGGGGUACUACCUGCACCAGAAGAGCUGCCUGAAGCACUGCCCUCCCGGCUUCGCACCUGGCAUCCAGAGCACCCACUACAACCUGGAGAACAGUGUGGAGCCCAUCACACCCCACCUCUGCCUGCCCUGCCACCCCUCCUGUGCCACCUGUGUUGGGCCCGGCCCCAACCAGUGCCUGACCUGCCCCGCACACUCCCACUUCAGCAGCCUAGACCUCUCCUGCUCCCACCAGACGCAGAGCAGCCGCGCGUCCCCUGCCCUGACCGACAGCGAGGGGCUGGCUGAGCCCCCUGCUUCAGCCAACCUGCCCGUCCUCAUUGCCAGCCUCAGCUGUGUCCUCAUCGUGGUCAUCUUUGUCACUGUCUUCCUGGUGCUACAGGCGCGCUCAGGCUUCAGCCUGCGGGGCGUGAAGGUCUACGCCCUGGACAGUGGGAUCAUCUCCUACAAGGGGCUCCCCUCUGACAUCUGGCAGGAGGAGGGUCCCUCGGAGUCGGAUGGUGAGGAGAACGAAGCCCGCAGCGAGAGGACUGCCUUCAUCAGAGACCAAAGUGCCCUUUGAUGAGCCCUCCUGCCCCUCCCUCCUCCCUGCCCAGCACCGUGGGCCCGGGGCAGGUGAGGCCGAGGGGCCCCGGACUCUGCCCCUGUCCCCCUCCCACACCGCAGCAGCCGAGGGCUCCCCCCCAGCCAACACCAUAUCUUGGCCCCAGCCUCAGCUGCUGGGCACAGCCCUGCCAGCACCAUCCCCAGCACCACAACCUGCAUCCUGCACCAUCUCUCUUGGCCCCCACGUCCAUCCUGUGCCCCCCAAGGGGUGUUUGAUGGCAGCGGGGCCCUGGCACUCACUGCCCCUGCACUGGCAGCCAUAUCUCUGCUGCAGGCGGCUGCUGGGGGUCACACAAGUUCCCCAGGGCAGGCAGCCCGUGGAGUCCCUGGGUGCUGGUUGCUCAGGCCAGGACAGGGGCAACUCUGCCCAGAGCCUGGGACGUGCUCUGCCCACUGGGGCUGAGUCCACCCCUGGCAUGGCCCACCCUCUGCAAUGGAGGCACCCGCAAGGCUCUGCCAGUGUCCUGGGUCCCCACCGCCUCCCCGGGGCCCUGUCUGCCUGCACCGUGCCCUUCAACAGCAAUAAUGGCCGGGCCUCCGCUGCCCACAGAGCGGGGGGCAGGGCAGCGCCUUCCCCUGCGCCCGAGAUUCGGCCCCAGGCACGGGCAGGGACCCCCUCGCACAACCCCUGCCCCGGCUCUCCCACCCCCCGUCUUGCCCCCGGCAGGGCUGUGCCGCUGCUGGCCGGGGGAUCGUGCCCGUUCUGCCUGUGCUGGGCAGAGCCCGGCGCCCCUGCGGCCCCAGCCCCCCGACGUGCCUUGCCCCCAUUUGGUGACAAUCCGUUCUGCUCCCCGCUGGAGCUCCUGCCCUCGCCGCUCCCUUCCCGCGGGCUGGGGGCCGGUGCCACAGCCCCCUUGCCGUCCGCAUACCGGGGCCGUGGCACGGGCACCCACCAGCCCCGUGCCAGCGCUGGCUCUGGCCCACUAAGGACGGAGCUGCCGGCCGGGGGCCACAGGACUAUUUUUCUAUAAUAACUUUUUUUGGUGCACAGUAAUUUUUUCUCGUAAUUUAAUCAGCCGGGAGCUGCCUCCUGAGCCUGUUUUUAAUUUAAUGGAUGUGGAUAUAACGCUAGAGAGACUGAGUUAUUAAAUGUUCAGAACUAUGCAAACCA